CGGCAACACCAGUCGCCCGGCAGUCGAUAUCGCGCGCGGGACGAGUGCGCGCUGUUUUCCGCGAAAAUAUUGUUUUCUUUUCGCUACGGACUUUGGUGUUUAGUGAUAAAAUGCCUAAUAUUAUUAACGAAGUGAAAUUGGACUUCAAAGAUGUGCUGCUUAGGCCUAAACGGAGUACGUUGAGGAGCAGAAAUGACGUGGACCUGUACAGGGAGAUCACAUUCCGCAACUCGGGACAGACGUACCGCGGUGUGCCGGUCAUGGCGAGUAACAUGGACACCGUGGGCACCUUCCAAAUGGCCAGGGAACUCUCCAAGCACGGCCUGUUCACAUGCAUCCACAAGUACUACACGAUAGAGGAAUGGAAGAAGUUCGCGGCUGACCAUCCAGAGUGCUUGGAACAGAUGGCUGCCAGCUCGGGAACUGCGGAGGCAGAUUUCGAGCGUCUGACAGAGAUACUGAACACAAUAACAGACCUGAAGUUCGUCUGCUUAGAUGUAGCUAAUGGCUACUCUCAACAUUUUGUGGAGUACGUCAGGCGCGUACGCGCUUCGUUCCCAAAACACACUAUCAUUGCUGGAAAUGUCGUUACUGGAGAAAUGGUAGAAGAAUUGAUUUUAUCAGGUGCUGAUAUAAUUAAGGUAGGAAUCGGUCCAGGGUCAGUCUGCACGACCCGCAUCAAGACCGGGGUGGGUUAUCCUCAGCUGUCGGCUGUCAUAGAGUGCGCGGACGCAGCUCAUGGACUGAAAGGACAUAUUAUUUCUGACGGCGGCUGCACGUGCCCCGGCGACGUGGCGAAGGCGUUCGGCGCGGGCGCGGACUUCGUGAUGGCGGGGGGGAUGUUCGCGGGGCACGACCAGUGCGGGGGGGAGGUGGUCCGCAAGGAGGACGGCAGGAAGGUCAAGCUGUUCUACGGCAUGUCCUCCUCGACUGCCAUGUUGAAGCAUUCCGGUGGAGUUGCUGAGUAUAGGUCUUCGGAAGGUAAAACUGUAGAAGUGGAAUACCGAGGGGACGUUGGGGAUACAGUGAAAGACAUCUUGGGGGGGCUCCGCUCGGCCUGCACGUACGUGGGCGCGGCGCACUUGCGGGAGCUCCCGCGCAGGGCCACCUUCAUCCGCUGCUGUCGGCAGGUCAACGACACCUUCUCUUAAUUUGUAAUGCCCUAGUAUUUUUAAGAUGGUUGCCAUUAUAGCCGCUGAAACAGUUCAAUGAAGUAGAUAAACUUUUGAACGAUAAUUCUACAAAAACGGUACUGAUUGGACUUGGCAAAAAUACGAAAAUUCAUAGUUCAACAUAAACAAAUAAAAUAAUAUAAACAAAUAAUAGUUAAAUAGGAUACGAACUUUGCCAAUAAACUAUAAAUAUUCGCAACCUACAUUGAAUUGUUUUAGAAGUUCUUGGCAAGACUGUUGGUAAAUCAAUUAUUAUGCUACUUAAACAAAUAAUAGUUAUGUCUCAAAUCACUACUGUGCUAGCUUAUUAGAUAGAUAGUUCAACAAUUUUAAGCAAUUUUAGAUGAAAGAAACUGCCUGCAUGACUGGUAGGUAUAAGGACUUACGUAAUGAAAGAUUGUUAAUGUCGAAAUCUCUUACCAUCGUGACUAAUCGUCGACUAGAUUAUCUGAAUGCUACAACCGUAAGAAAGCUGUUAUAUUAUAAGCUGUUAACGUAAACGUUGUUAGAUCUUCUGCCUUAUCUAUCAAUAGCCAAUUUGUACCUUUGACAUAAUGAAAGAAUAGAGAUUCUUAGUACAGCUAAGUACCUUAGUUUGGUCCCUACUGUCCCUAGUAACAUAGUCAAUUGUGCAAAAUUCUAGGAGCUUCAGCUAUCCUUGUAUGGAAGCGACAUCAAGACGUAGCAUCUGUUGAUGCGUUUCUUUUUGUGUUAUUAAUUCUAGUAACUCAAUAUCUUUCCUCUCUUUCCUAUUCAUUGUUAUUCUUAUAUCUCUCCCAUUCUAAUUUAUCUAAUAGGUAUUUUAUUACUACGAAUCUCCUUACUAUAUACUAUCUGAUCAACCGUUGCUUCUUACUAGAUUUUUGCAAAUCUUGUUUUAUACUUAGCUGUUUAGUAUAUCCAAUGACUCGUGUGCCAGACCUUUGCCUUUACUCUGAAAUAUCAAACACUAUCUUAACUUGUCUAGCGAAAACCUAGUGUCCGUUAGUUUUUCAUUUCAGAGUAAGCCCUGAGGUUUUAUUUAUAGAUGUUGUUAUGAUAGUUAAUGUGAAAUUAGAUAGCAAAAAUUUUGUACAAUGCAUUUCCUUUUACAAUGUUAAACAGUAAGCAGAUUAAUAUGCAGAUCUAUCUACGAGAUUACUUAAUCUCAUUCGCAAUUCGUGUCAGAGAAUUUUAUAUAGGUAUCUGACUCUACUGGGAAUAUUUAUAAAUUUAGCUUAACUUAAAUAGAUCGAUUCGACGGUGCUAAUUUUCUAAGUACUUUUCAAUACGGCUACUUUAUCAUCAUGGAAUCGUACAAAUCUACUUUUAUUGAAAAAUUAUUUUUAUACAUUCAUUUUAAAACUAUUUUUUAUAUUCAUUUGCGUAUGACUAGAUUCAUUGCCUUAUUAUAUGGCAUCAACUUACAUAAAUGAUGGCGUUGUGGUUCAUUUCAGUUAUGUUAAAUAGACACCGUAAUAUUUUGUUAUUUAAGCCUUUUGUAAGCCUCACUGCUGGACAAAGAUCUCCAAUUUCUGCCAUUACAAUAGCCGAUCCAGUACGAGUAUGUAUCGGAAAUUCAGAACCAUAUUUUUGUUAAUAUAUAAUUAGACCAGAUAUCAGUAUUAUAUUAAAGAAACAGAUGUAGGAUUUGUCAUUACUGUGUUUUGCUUGACUAAUGUUUGGGACAACAUGAACGUGUACGUGAAUAAGUAAAGAUCCUUACUUAAUUUUAUGUUGCCAAUUUUAUUGUAAUGUUGAAGAGCCGAAACGAUUUUGCUUUAAUUAUUUCAAAAGACGUGUACAUUUUUAGAUUUAUCAAUAAAAUAUAAAUUGUU